AAGGUUUCCCUCGGCGGAAGUAAAACCUGCAGGACGCGCACGCACUUCGCUAAAUGAGAAAGAAAAAGGAUUAAUUUGUUUCGGCAACUUUAAAAUCAAACUAUUUCACCUUCGGUUGUUGUUGUUUUUUUUCUAUAAAUGAGCAAACAUGGCGAUCACUUUGGAUUUCCGGACCCACGCGGAUCAGUCCUGCAGAUAUGCUGAAGAGUUUGUUAACAUUUAUUAUGACUGUGUGGACAAGAAAAGGAGGAACCUGACCCGCCUCUACCUGGACAAAGCCACCUUGGUGUGGAACGGGAAUGCCGUUUCAGGACAGGACGCCCUGGGCGAGUUCUUUGAGUCUCUGCCAUCCAGCGAGUUCCAGGUUCUGACUCUGGAUUGUCAGCCGGUUCACGAACAAGCCACGCAGGGCCAGACCACGCUGCUGGUGGUGACGUGUGGGAUGGUGAAGUUUGAAGGGAACAAACAGCGUUUCUUCAACCAGAACUUUCUCCUCACAGCCCAGGCUUCACCAAACAGCGAUCAGCCCGUCUGGAAGAUCGCCAGCGACUGUUUCCGAUUUCAAGACUGGAACAACUGAGCUGAGUUUUACCUCAGGCUGUUGCUUUGAAACCCGCAAAACCAGCAUCAGUUACAUUUUAGCAGGUUUUUGUGUUUUUAUCUGUAAAAUUUAGAAAAUGUCGAAAUAAAUGUGGAUCAUUUUUGUUCAACUGUUGAUAGAAAACAACAAAGAAGCAACUUUUGAUCGUUUUGAAGCAUAAAUCAGAAUGAGGGGAAAAAGCUUUUCUUUGUGUGGAUUAGUCAUUUCCUGGGUCUGCAUAUUAUUAUUUAACUGCUUCCACAGUUUGACUAGUUUUCUUCCAAACAAUAUUAUGACCAGUUUAAAACUUUAUUGUUAUCAGGGGACAAAAAAAACAACAUUUAAAUGGUGAAUUUUAUCUAUUUUUUAAGUUAUUUCGGCCAUUGAUGCAGCUCAAUGCAGGACUUUCCUACUCGCUUGGUCUUAACUGCUCUUAUCUCCUUCGGUUUAACUUUGUGGGAUGUUUUUCGCUGAACUUUGAAAAUAAAAACUGUUUCCAGGAAAACCCAAA